UUUGUCCUUUUUCGUCCAAAACAAACACAGCAAUUCCUUUCUCUUCAAAAAUAAAAAAGGUAACUUUUAGAGAGACGUAUCGAACAUGGCGAGUGGUAGUAACAGAGAAGAAGCUGAGCGCUGGCUUAUCACGGCGGAGAAGGUUUUAUCGGCGCGUGACUUCCACGGCGCCCGAACUUUCGCGAUCCGAGCCAGAGAAUCUGACCCGGGGUUCGACGCUCCCAACGAUGUUCUUGCUGUGGCCGACACAAUCAUCGCCGCCGAGUCCGUUAUUAUCACCGUCAAUGGUAACCAGGUCCACGACUGGUACGCGAUUCUCCAACUCGCUCGCUUCACUCAGUCCUCGGAACUCAUCGCCACCCAGUUCCGUAAACUUGCUAUGUUACUCAGUCCCGAGAGGAACAGGCUACCGUUCUCAGAUCUUUGCUUCAAGCUCGUGACUGAUGCUUGGUCAGUGCUGUCAAACCCCUCUAGAAAGAUAAUGUAUGAUACCGAGUUGCAACUGAGUCAAUUCGGAGAACACCCUAGACAAACACAAAUGCCCCUGGCACCUCCGCCGCCAGUACAACCGACGCCCGGAAAGGUCCCUCGAACUAAUGAUAGGGACGGAAGUUAUACGUUUAUAAUGCAUGAUGGAAGGUCUAAUUGGUAUAAUGUAACUGAGUCGACUCGUCAAUCUGGAUUCAUUCAGGCCGAGCUAACUCGUCAACCUCGACCCGUCCAGCCUGCGCCGACUCGUCAACCUCGACCCAUACAGGCCGAGCCGACUCGUCAACCUCGACCCAUACAGGCCGAGCCGACUCGUCAACCUCGACCCAUACAAGCCGAGCCCACUCGUCAAGCUCGACCCAUGCAGGCCGAGCCCACUCGUCCGAGUCAAGCAGAGUCCACUCAUCAUUUACAGUCAGAGGUCGUCCGUCCCAGUCCAAUAGAGUCUGCUCGUCUGACUCUUUUAGAGAAGCCAGCUCGUGCAGUUCAAGCAGAUCCUGUUCGUCCCACUCAGGGAGAGCCAGUUCGUUCCGCUCAGGCAGAGCCAGCUCGUCCCACUCAAACGGAGCCAACUCGUCCCAUUCAAACGGAGCCAACUCGUCCCACUCAAACGGAGCCAACUCGUCCGGAUGAGACAGUGUCAAAUAUACCGAGUUUCUGGACAGCAUGUCCAUUCUGUUACGUUCUUCACGAGUACGCUAAGGAUUACGAAGACUGUACUUUGAGAUGCGUGAACUGUAAAAGAGCGUUUCACGGGGUACCGAUAGCGCCACCGCCUGUUACGGUAAAUGAUAGGUAUUUCUGUUGUUGGGGUUUCUUUCCAAUUGGUUAUUCUGGCAACUGGAAACAGAAGGGUGGGAAUCAGUCGACUUGGAGACCUAUUUCUCCCAUGUUCACUUGUCCCAUACCGGGGAUCGGGAACUCAAACCAAGUAAAAAAGACGUAUAAACGAGCUCCAGUGAUAUAUGAUGAGGUGUUGAUUUCUGAGUCUGAGUCCGACCCUAGUGAGGGGUCUGAUGAUGAUUGGGGAAAUCCAAGGAGAAAAAAAGGGAAAUUUGUGAGAGGGAAAGGAAAAGGAAAUGAAAACAAAAAAAGAGUGGGAAGACCACCGGGUGGAGCUAAGAAGGGGACACAGAAUCAAAAUCAAAAUCAAACUCAAGGUCAAAGUGUGGUUGAGCAUGUGGUGGGAAUGGUUGGGACGUCAAGUGGUGGUGGAGCAAGAGUUCUUAGAAGUAGUGGGAAGAAGCAAGUGGGAAAUGGGUUGGAUUUGAAUGUGGAGUUUAGUAAUGAGUUGGAUGACCCGGUGGCACCAAGGGUGAAUCAUGUCAAUGGGGUGGAGGAUAAUAUUGAUGGUGUUGGGUUUUUUGAGGGGCUUGAUGAGUUUUUUAGUAGUUUGCCCAUACUAAAUAAUGUUGUGAAAGAUGAUAAGGUUAAGUCGGCUUAGCGAGAAAGACUCCUCCUGUCGAUGCUGUUUUAUUAUUCUUCUUGUUGUUGUAGGUUUUGUGUCCUUGUAGUAGUUUUAAUUGUGUAGAGGCACUAGCACUUUGGUUGCUGGUGGUGAAAUCUAGCAUAUAGUUUGGAGCAAUGGGGUUUAUUGUGGACCUCUUUGGAACUGCUUUGUGACUUCUCGUGGAUAUGUACUUAUCCUGACUAAUUUAGUCGAUUAGGCAACUUUAAGAUCUGGAAUUUCAUCUUUGUGCAAUUAUCAAACUUCCUUUGCAUUCA